AUGUUAAGAAACAGCGCAAGUCUUCUUCUGCUAGUCGUGGUUAGGUUUUCUUCAGCAACUAUUUUAAAUCAAGAUAGCUUGAACUUAGCUGUCAGGAGUGGUGAUACUUGUUCACCUUGUUCCGGCAUACAAUGCCAAAACUAUGGAACGUGCCAAGUGUACGACAACUAUCCAAUUUGUCAUUGUGCACAAUAUUACAUAGGAUUCACAUGUGGAAUUAAAUUAGCAGAUUACACCUGCGAGACCUAUCUUUGCCUUUUUCAAAAGUCCUUUGAUGCUGGCAAAAAGCAAGGGAUAUGGAAACUGAGACCAAGCUAUGUUCAUAACUCCAUUAACCAACUAGUAGUCAUAUUGAAGAAGGGUAGCAGUGCAGUUCUAUCUACUGGUCACAUACUUUGGGGAAAGUCCGACUACGCCCUAAACUUAAGGGUCAAAUUCUUCAACCCAAAAUAUGCAACAGGAGCAGACAAAAUCCUGAUUGUUGUGGACUAUCCUUAUGCAGGGGGUAAAAAGAUUGUAAAGGAACUUCGCCGCUCCGAUUUCAAACCCAACUAUGUCUCCGCUGAGCAGUGUAUUCUCAUUGACCACAAACCAUCCAGGUUUUUUUCGGUGUCCAUUAUAGUGAAAUGUGAGUCUACACAAUGCGGAGAGGUACCAAAACAUCAUCAUCACGCAGAUAUCACCGAAAUACUUUUGCAGGGUGUCGUGAUCCAGAAAACUGACAGAGGAUGUAGUCGAGGAUGAUGAUUUAUGUUAACUUUUGCAAGA